AUGUCCAUCACGCUGCACACCUCUCUUGGCGACCUCAAGAUUGAGGUCUUUUGCGAGAGCGUCCCCAAGACCGCAGAGAACUUUCUCGCCCUCUGCGCGUCCGGCUACUACGACGAAUCGCCCUUCCACCGCCUCAUCCCAUCAUUCAUGGUUCAGACCGGCGCCCCCGCCCAUCCGGAUCCCGCCGCCGGCAACCCCAAGGGCGGCCGGUCGAUCUGGGGCGGUGCUUUCGACGACGAGAUCCGGCCCUCCCUGCGGCAUACCUCCCGCGGCGUAGUCUCCAUGGCCAACAAGGGGCCCGGCACGAACGGCUCCCAGUUCUUCAUUACGUUCGACAAGGCGUCGCAUCUCGAUGGGCUCAACACCAUCUUCGGCAAGGUCAUCGGCGACGACUCGCUCGCGACGCUCGCCAAGAUGGAAAAGGUCGAGGUGGACAAGAAGAGCCGCCCCAAGGAGCCGUUUCGCAUCGAAAAAGUGACAAUUCAUGCGAAUCCGCUGGCCGGAUGA